GCCAGGUCGCUUCCGAGCUGGGUAGUAGUAGCGGCGCUGGCAGUGGCAGUGGACCCGCUGCAGCUUGUGCAAGCCAUGCCGGCGGCGCGCGUGGAAUACAUCGCGCCCUGGUGGGUCGUGUGGCUGCACAGCGUUCCGCACCUCGGCCUGCGCCUGCAGCGAGUGGACAGCACCUUCAGCCCCGACGACGAAACUUACCAGGAGUCGCUGCUCUUCCUGGGGGUGUUGGCUGCCAUUGGCCUAGGCCUGAAUCUCAUCUUCCUCGCCGUUUACUUGGUGUGCGCAUGCUGCUGCCGGCGGGACCACACGGUGCAGACCAAGCAGCCCGACUCAUGCUGCGUGACCUGGACGGCGGUGGUGGCUGGGCUCCUCUGCUGUGCUGCGGUGGGCGUUGGUUUCUAUGGAAACAGCGAGACCAACGAUGGGGUGCACCAGCUGAUCUACUCCCUGGACAACGCGAACCACACCUUCUCUGGAAUGGAUGAGCUGGUGUCUGGAAACACCCAGAAGAUGAAGGUAGACCUAGAACAGCACCUGGCCCGGCUCAGCGAGAUCUUUGCUGCCCGGGGCGACUACAUCCAGACCCUGAAGUUUAUGCACCAGAUGGCAGGCAAUAUCGUCAGCCAGCUCUCGGGGCUGCCCGUGUGGAGGGAGGUCACCAUGCAGCUGACGGAGCUGUCCCACCAGACUGCCUAUGUGGAAUACUACAGGUGGCUGUCCUACCUCCUGCUUUUCAUCCUGGAUCUGGUCAUCUGCCUUGUCACCUGCCUGGGACUGGCUAGGCGUUCCAAGUGUCUCCUAGCCUCCAUGCUGUGCUGCGGAAUACUGACCCUGAUCCUUAGCUGGGCUUCUCUGGCUGCUGAUGCUGCUGCAGCAGUGGGCACCAGUGACUUCUGCAUGGCUCCUGACAUCUACAUCCUGAACAACACACAGAGCCAGAUCAGCUCAGAGGUGACCCGGUACUACCUCCAUUGCAGUCAGAGCCUAAUCAGUCCCUUCCAGCAGUCACUGACCACCUUCCAGCGCUCAUUGACCACCAUGCAGAUCCAGGUUGGAGGCCUGCUGCAGUUUGCCGUGCCCCUCUUCCCUACAGCAGAGAAAGACCUUCUUGGCAUCCAGUUUCUGCUCAACAACUCCGAGACCAGCCUGCACCAGUUGACCGCCAUGUUGGAUUGCCGAGGGCUGCACAAGGACUACCUGGAUGCCCUCACUGGCAUCUGCUAUGAUGGCAUUGAGGGCCUGCUCUUCCUUGGUCUCUUCUCCCUCUUGGCUGCCCUGGCUUUCUCCACCCUGACCUGUGCCGGACCUCGUGCCUGGAAACACUUCAUCAACAGGGACAGAGACUAUGAUGACAUCGACGAUGAUGACCCUUUCAACCCCCAAGCUCGGCGCAUCGCGGCCCAUAACCCCACGAGGGGGCAACUGCACAGUUUCUGCAGCUACAGCAGCGGCCUUGGCAGCCAGUGCAGCCUUCAGCCUCCCUCCCAGACCAUCUCCAAUGCCCCAGUCUCUGAGUACAUGAACCAGGCCAUACUCUUUGGUGGGAACCCACGAUACGAGAAUGUGCCACUCAUCGGGAGAGGUUCCCCUCCGCCCACAUACUCUCCCAGCAUGAGGGCCACCUACAUGUCUGUGGCGGAUGAACACCUGAGACACUACGAGUUCCCGUCCUAGGGGUUUUGAAGGUACCUGCCUCUCCUGCCAACUCGGUUCUCAGCAGAUGCAGAACUCAGCUGUGUUUCUGGAAUAGAAACCGAAGGUUCCUGCACAAGAACAGGCUCCUGUGGCUGCAGAGACACAGCUGGGACUCCUGACCAAAGCCACAGGUGGAUGUGAGGCCUGUGACUGGACCAGCCUCUCCAGCCUUAACUCCCCAGGACUCAGCCGUUGUCCCUGAGGCCCACCUUAAGUCCCACCCUCAGCAGAUGAAAAAUGGCAGUUGAGGAGGGGACCACCAGCUUGAGAGCCCUUUUCUCUCAAGGCCCUGCCACCGGGCUCCUACCUCUUGUUAGCGUGGCCCUAACUAAGUCCAAGCCACACUUUCCAGUUACUUUGUCCUCCGUUUCUAGCUGGUGGCAAUUGGAGGUGUGCUAGGAGAACACCUGGUCCAGGAUCCAUAUUCUAGGACCACAGGGACUCUGCCUAGAUCCCAGAAGGACAGCAUCAAGAGAUCUCCCCAGAGGGGAUGGGUGGCUUCAAUCUGGGCACUGCAGCCUGGCGACCAUGGGCAGACAUAUGGGAGAAAGCCUGCAAUUCUCUAACCUCCACCAGCCACCCCCAUUCUGGAACCAGGUGUCAGCUGCAGGUGGGAACAGUCUCAGGUAUGAACAGGCGCUUUGAAAGCAACUGAACUCGUUCCUGGUGUUUUAAAAACAUAUUGAUGAUCCAAAGACUCACGCCUCCCUCACAGGCAUGGCCAUUUCUUGCAAUAGACUCAGGCUCAGUUGGGUUUUAUAUCUGAUGUUCUACUGUGGCUCUCACACAAGGUCUGGAGGAGAGGCUCAAGGAGUGGGCUGUGGGGUUUUUUGGGUUUUGUUUUGCUGCGGUCUCAUUAUAUAUCCUGACUGGCCCUGGCCUAGAACUCACAGAGACUUGCCUGCCUCUGCCUCCAGAGUACUGGGCUCAAAGGCGUGUGCUACCACACCACAUCAGGCCGGGAGCAGAUUUGCUUUGAAUUUUUUCGAGACAGGGUUUCUCUGUGUAGCCCUGGCUUGUCCUGGAACUCACUCUGUAGACCCGACUAACCUCAAAUUCAAAGAUCAUCCGCCUCUGCCUUGAGAGUGCCGGGAUUAAAGGGUGCGCCAUGAUGCCGCGUCCUGGUCUUUUCUUUCUUUCUUUUUUUUUUAAAUAAGAUAAAAUAUCAGUGAGAUAUUCUGCCCCACACGGCUAGAGAAGGCUAUCUGGAGCCUUGUGAAGGGAAAGACAGGAUAGCUAAGAAGGCUGAGGGACUUUAUUCUGAGGAACAGCCACUUCUGGCCAGGAGAAAAAUAAUGACCCCUGUCCUGCCUGCCAAGGGACAGGUUAGGGGUCUUUGGUGCUUCCAACCUCUGACCAACCCAGAGUACACUACACACCGAAGUCCCGUGGCCUUGUACAGCCAAGUGAGACCCAGCUGAUGGUGCGGGAUGGGGAUGUGUCCAUUUCAGAAGAGCCACAUUGUCAUUGUACUGGAAGCUCCUGGCCAAGCCACCGGCAUCACUGUGUCUCCCAUUAACCUGUGCAUACUGUGAGCUACCUGUGUAUGCCUGUGUCCUGUGCAGGCUCGGAGCUUUGGCCUCAGGCCUUGCUUCUGAUGUUUCCUCUGCAGCAGCUGAAGGACUUUUUAAUGCAUGUACACUAAACUAAAACUCCUCCAGGUUCUACAAGAGUUGGGUGGGCAAACCUCUGCUUGAUCCAUGUUCGCCCUCCCCUGAAAUAAACCACUUCCCUUAA